AUGAUUGCCCUUGUGGCCAUCUACACUCUGGGUGGUGUUUUGGUCACAGCAUCUCAAAGCAUCGGCAUGUUCAUCGCUGCGAGGACGAUCCAUGGGUUUGCAGCAGUCAGCUUUAUCGCCGCCACAUCCGCAUACAUCGCCGAACUCUCCCAGGCAGAAACCCGAGGAUUCUUCACCGGUCUGACCGGCGUGGCCAUCGCUGUCGGCUACACCACCGCUGCAUUGAUAGGUCUAGCCUUCUCGUACACAACUAAUCCGGACGUGCAGUGGAGGACCCCCCUCGGCUUGUCUCUGGUACCAUCCACCUCUCUCCUAGUCGUACUUUACUGGGCCCCCGAAUCCCCUCGCUACCUCCUCCUCAAGGACCGGGCGGAAGAAGCAUGGCAGAUAAUCAGCAAACUGCACCAUGACCCGACGGACGAGAACCAAGAAUACGUCAAGGAGGAGUUUUUCCAGAUGCGGACGCAGCUCGAGUUCGACAGGACCCUCGACUCUUCGUGGAUUCAUCUGUUUUCGAAACCCUCGUACAGGAAGCGAAUGCUUAUGGCGUGUCUGGUGACCUUUUUGGCCCAGAGCACCGCCGUGCUAGUUGCUGCUGCCUAUGGUCCAUCCCUCUACGCCGCCCUGGGAUUCAGUAUCAAACAAAGCCUGAUUCUCCAAUGUGGCUGGAUUGCAGGUUCUAUCCCCGCGGCAAUCAUCGGCGUCACAUUAUGUGACCGCUUCGGACGCAAGCCUUUCAUCAUGACGGGCUUCGUCGGGUGCACCGUGGCCUUGGUAAUUCUCACUGCCAUGGAAGCCGUCUACGCUCCCACGGCAACCAAUAAAGUCGGACUCGGUUGGGCCGUGACAGCCUUGUACCUGAUUGUCAUCUUUUACUGCCUGGGAGUCGAGGCUUGCGGGGCCCCCUUUUACUGCGAAAUCUUCCCGACACACAUUCGCGCAAAGGGAGUCUGUUUUUGCGUCUUCGUCAACAGUGCCACCAAUCUACUCUAUCUCGAAGUUGCACCCACUGCUUUACAGAAUAUCGGGUGGAGAUUCUUGUUGACGAGAUCUGUGCCUUUGGAAGAACUUGCCGCAAUCUUUGGCGACACCGACGAAGUCAAGAUAUACUCGACCGAAAUCACCGUCAAGGACGACGGACAGGUCGCUGUUGAGGACCAUCAUCGUACCGGACAGAGUGUGAGUGUGGCGGGAAAGGAAGAGACGGAAGUCGUUUUACGCGAGAAGGUUUGA